UCAUCAAAGGAACAAUUUGGUUUUUUGGGAAUAUGGCAACUUCUUACUUCUCAAGCAACGGGGGUGCAGAGGGAAACUAUGAGAAUUCAGGGAGCAACAUACUUUAUGUGGUAGUAGCUACUGGUACCAAUAUUCUUGCCCAGUAUGCUGCAGAAAAAGGUAAUUAUGAAGCCAUUGCCUCUCGUAUCCUGGCCAAAGUUCCACAACACGACGUGAAGAGCUUUUAUGAAAACGACAACCUCAGCUUUAACUUUAUGGUAUCUGAAGGUAUAACAUAUCUUUGCAUCGCGAGACGACUUUACCCUCGAAGACUCGUGUUUGGAUUUUUAGACGACAUUAAGAAGCGUUUUGUUUCUCAGUAUGGUGAAACAGCUAAAACAGCUGGUCCCCUUCACAUGCAGCAUGAGUUUCGACCAAUUUUAAAGCAGCAGUUGGAAUACUUUAGUAACGAGGCCGAGGCAGACAAACUGUCCAAAGUCCAACAACAAGUAGAAGAAGUUACUUCUGUCAUGAGGUCGAAUAUUGACGAAGCACUGAAUCGCGGAGAACGCUUAGAUGUUCUUGUAGAUAAGGCAGAAGAUUUACGGGGAGGCGCCAGUCAGUUUCAAAAGUCAUCAACACAACUGAAGAAGAACUUCUGUAAGCGCAAUAUGAAGGUGAUUAUUUGCAUAUCCAUUAUUGUUGUGCUCAUUGCACUUGCUAUUAUUCUUGGAGUGGUUCUUACCCAUCGUAACUCCUAGUUUGUAUAUGAUUGUUGCUUAAAUAAGAUUCUCCAUGGCUGAGAGUUUCUACUACUAAACAGUUGUAAGUCAAUUAAAGUGAACUUUGCCACAACAAUCCAUAUUUUUAGCUGAAUAUUUCAAUAUGUUUUGGUUCAGUUGCUGUUCACGAA